AAUCAUGGCUGCCGUGCGGCCUAGAGACCAAUUUCGGUUGCACCGUGUAUCGUCGAGCGAAGAGCGACGUUGCGGGAUGCUAGGCCACCCCGAAUCGUCGUUGAAGACGAAGAACUCACCAGCGCGUCGCCUCUAAAAAAAGUGGCCGCGAUGCUGCAUGGACGGUGGUACGGAUAAGGGCGCAAAAAACCCCCUGACCGCGGUUUCCUGUGCCGCACUUGUGUGUGUGUGUGCGUGUGUGUGUGUGCAUGUGGAAUCGGUGACAUUUUGGAAAACACUGGCGCCCUGAAAGCCGAGAGGAGUUACGCGAAAAACGACGUAGCUGGGAGGCUUCGCGACGAGCAAUGUCGCGCGCCAGAGCUGACCCGUGGACCGUAAGCCUAACGUGGAGGCCAGGAAUCCGGGGUCACCAUUGACGGCGCGGCGACUUGCGCGGUCCCCUUGACAUGGAGUGCCCCCCGCGGGGCCUCCGGAGGGGCCGUCUCGUUCUAGGGGGCCGACCGCCGACGCUAGACCUCAUCGAGAACCCGCUGUACGAGGCCGGAGGACAGCCUCCCGUGCCCGCGCCGCGUACCCUCCCGCCGGCGCGGACGCAGCAGCAGCAGAAGCAGCAACAACAGCAACAUCAGCAACAGCAAAAGCAGCAACCACAGCCAAAGCUGACGCAGCAGACAGCAGCCAUGCACCACACCUACCCACCACCAUCGCAGCAACCGUACGGCGGCUCGCGAGGGUCGUCUGCGCAAUCCUCGUUGUCGUCUGCUGUGGUGCCGACGGCCGUGGUGCCGGCAGACGACGACGUCGAAGUCCGACGGAGGCCCAAGCUGUCGCGGAGUGAGACCAUCAAGAGAUACGUGAGGAAAAAUACUGCUUCGUUUUUUGGUCUUGACGAGGAGUCUGCGCCCGAGAGCUGCCAACGAUGGACGCUGCGGCGAAAGCGACUGCUGAGCAAGCGCUACGGCGAGAUCAAGGAGCAGUACAUGCGAUCCAAGGACUGGCACCUGUCGCACCUACAACCUCUCCGCGCGGACGACACCCAGGAUGCGGUUGUGCGGAGGACCGUCUCUGCGAGGGAGACCGCGGCCGAGCCGUUCCACCGCGACCCGGUCUACAAGAUGACCUGGGAUGGCCUCUCCUUCCUCACGACGGAGGUGCGGAAGCGGCUUUCGGGAAGUGCACAGCUGGCCAGGCGGGGUUCUCUCCGCCGCAGUUUCAUGCCUUCAGCGGAAGACGUCAACGUCCCCGAAGCCGUGCCUGAAGGUAGCAGCCUCGGCAGCGUCUCCCAGAUGCCCGCCGCCUCCGACGUGCUGGUGGACGACGUGUUCUUCGACAACACGCCGAGCGCCACGCCAUCGGUCCUGGCGGCAGCGGCGGCACCCGUCUGGCCGACGCCUCGCACCCCCCUGGAGCCGGCUCCGCAUCCGGCGAUCCACCGAACAACUGUGACGCCGGUGCAGGGCCAGCGGAAGGAGUCAACAAGGUGGAAGAGGCCUGCCUCAGUGCACGAGGACGUCACGGAUGGCCGCCUCUCCGUCGGCAUGAACCGCAUCGGUGAUAAGGUGCUCGACUGGUGCCUGGAGAACUCCAACCGGCGCCAGUACGGGAUGGGCCUGGUGGGCAGGAUGCUGCAGAGGAGCUUCCGGCGCGACCGCAUCACGCACGACGUGCGCCAGCAGCUGGACGACAUCGAGGACCACAGGCCGUACUUCACCUACUGGGUGACCACGGUCCAGGUGCUGAUCACCAUCAUCUCCCUGGCCGUGUACGGCUUUGGCCCCGUCGGAUUUCACAAGACGCAGAGGACGAGCCUGGUAAUGGUGACAACGCUAACGCUACAGCAGGUAGACUUCUACGAACCGGACAACUUCUGGAUCGGGCCCAGAGCGGCGGACCUGGUUCACUUAGGGGCCAAGUUCACGCCGUGCAUGAGGAGAGACCGUCGGAUCCACGACAGCAUAGCCAAGGACCGGCGGAAAGAGCGCAACACGGCCUGCUGCGUCCGCAACGACCGCUCAGGUUGCGUGCAGACUUCCCGCGACAAGUGCUCGACACGAGGAAUUAUGGCUGGGGAGGUCAUCUCAACGUGGAGGAAAUGGAAUGUGAGCCAACCGGGACCACCGAGAUGGGUUGCCGACCCGUCGGCCGUUGGUCAGGACCGGGGCAUGACUCAGCGUCGCCUGUCAGGCUCGGUCUGCGGUCAGGACCCAAGGUACUGCGAGGAGCCGGCGUCGGUGUUCCCGUUCGAGUGGCCCGACGACAUCACCAAGUGGCCCGUGUGCCGCCGCUCACACGCCAGCCGCAAGGUGCCCGACGCGCACAUGUCGUGCGAGGUGGUCGGCCGUCCCUGCUGCAUUGGUGUGUACGGCGAGUGCCACAUCACCACCCGCGACUACUGCGACUUCGUCGGCGGGUUCUUCCACGAGGAGGCUGCCCUCUGCUCACAGGUCUCCUGCCUAAAUGACGUCUGCGGCAUGAUUCCAUUUGUCAACCCUGAAGUGCCUGACCAGUUCUACCGGUUGUGGACUUCGCUGUUCCUCCACGCAGGGAUCUUCCACCUGUCGAUAACUGUGAUAGUGCAGCUGCUUGUGAUGCGCGACUUGGAGAAACUGGCAGGCCCCGUGCGCACGGCGGUGAUCUACAUGUGCUCCGGCGUGGCCGGAAACCUGGCCAGCGCCAUAUUUGUUCCGUACAGAGCGGAGGUGGGUCCCGCAGGUUCGCAGUUCGGCCUGCUGGCCUGCCUAUUCGUCGAGGUGAUCCACUGCUGGCAGAUGCUGAAGCGGCCGAGCGCCGCCCUGCUCAAGCUCGGCACGGGUGCCGCCGUGCUCUUCCUGCUGGGCCUGCUGCCGUGGGUGGACAACUACGCGCACGUGUUUGGCUUUGUGUUCGGCUUCCUGCUGUCUUACGCCCUGCUGCCGUACGUCUCGUUCGGCAGCUACGACCGGACGGCCAAGGUGGCCCUCAUCUGGGCCUGCCUCAUCGUGUCGGUGGCCCUGUUCGUGGGUCUCGUGCUGCUCUUUUACGUGCACCCCAUCUACGAGUGCUCCUUCUGCCACUAUCUCAACUGCCUGCCCCUCACCCGGGACCUGUGCGACAGCCACCGCAUAAACAUCACCCGCCAGGACACGUGAUCGUGGCCCUUCCUCCCCUCCCGUCGUCACCGACCACCCUUCCGGUGACCACCUCGCCUCCUGUGGCUUCGUCGUCGCCGCCAAAAAAAGAAAAGGCUGCGGCCUGCGCGCUCGUUGUUGCGGACGCAUUCUCGAGAGAAACUAGUUGAGAAACGAGGCUUGCCUCAACAUCCGAGCAGUGCCUGUGACAGUAGAGCGACUGUGUGCGCAUGCCGAGGAGUGAAGGCGGUCGCAUCGGUCCGCUGUUUGCGAGACAUUGAGUGCAGCAAUAUGUAGCGUCGGAAGCGUUUCGGGGCACGGAGGAGAUCGGAUGCGAGGCUUAGGUCACUAGCGAGAGUUGUGAAGUGGAGCUGUUUGAAGUUUCACUCUCUUUGCAUGUAACAGAUCAAUGCAGCAGUGACGAAAACCAGUCAGCCAUUACGGUCCAAGGAUAGAAGAAUGUUGGUUUUGCAUGACCCGUUAAGUUGUCGUCGAAGGACGUCGUUGUGGGACUUCUAGGGUUGGAGGUUUCACCGGGAGUUGCUGCAACUUCAGUUAGCGAUUGUUGUUGAACUUGAGAGCAGACGACGCAUUUCACGCGGGAACGUAGGAUGGCACGGACUAGCCUUGGACGAAUAGUCCUACGACGAUGUCAUUCGACGGCCAUUCGGGCUGCACCUGCUUGAGAACGUACAACGGUAUACACAUACCGUGGAAACAGAAGAGCUGAACCUGACGCUGCCCCCGAAAAACGGAAGUGGUUGAGGUUCUUUGAAAACAAGUAAUAUGUAACUCGUUUCGAGGAGAAAUGGGAAGUCACCCAGAACUCUCGGCUAGCAUGCCGGGCCUCUUGCACAAUUGCUCUAGAACUGUCCAAACCAGUAUUGAAGUGUUUCUGAUGGUUGAGCAGACGACUGAGCUGACGACUCCUGUGUGCCUUGGCCUCGAAGCAACAGGGGCAGUGAAGAAUCUGUAAGGUGCAAAGUACAGGUAGACGUGUGCCCGUAGGAGCAGACGGUCGUCGGCCCUUCAUCACGUAAUGGCAAAGAUGGCAGACGACGUUGUAGGGUCACAGGAUCGAUGGCGUGCUCGACAGAGCCAUCAUCAGUUCUCAUUGAGAGAGGAAGAAAGCUUUGUCAAUGGCUAGUUUCGCAUGCCACUUUCAGUAUUCUGGACGAGAGAUGCUCUCCCGCACAGCUGGCAUGUCACAAUACUCGGGGCACCGUCGUGGUCGGUGUCUGUGACGUCAUCCGCGACUGACAGGGUUGCAUUGUCUGUGACGUCAUCCGCGACUGACAGGGUUGCAUUGGGCAUUCCAGAUGGUUUGAUGAUGACGAGGCACGCGACGGCAGAUCUGCGAAAGUCGUCGUUGAUUUCUUUUUUUUUUUUUUACAUGGGACUGUCCCGUGAAGCAAGCGAUGUCGUUACGUGCGGCUUUACGUCGGAGAGCGACCGUUGUUGGGGAGGGCGACGACAAAGCAGCGACGCGAAGGCACGGCCAGUCGUUCACGAGAGAGCUUCGAGGAGAGUUCAAAACGAGUAUAAGAGCCGUUUGGAGCCUUCAGCGCGGAAGACGAUGAUGCAACUCGUCUUCCACAAACACCAUCCACCUGUUCAGCGUUGGAAAGACAAUGCGCGAAAAACAACAAACAAGAUGAGACGGCGUGCGGUCGAAGGCGGACCGCGCUCACCGAAGCACGCAUGUCUCUGCGGCCUGUCGGCUUUUUUGCAGGCCUGUGUGUUCAUUGAAUUUAGUGGAGAAAAAGAACAGCAAACCUUUCUUUCUCUGCACUUUUUCUGUUUCUCCUGUAUUGUGCGUGGUGAUUGUACAGGUCAAGAUGUGGUGGACUGUGGUGCUUGUUUCACAAGGACUCCACGACGCGGUGUUAGCGCAUAACUUGUUCGACGAUCCUCGUUUUUGCCUGCUUUUGUUUCGCGUGGAUGUUUCUUUUCUCAAAUGUGCGGUGGUGACGUGUUGACUGUUAUUCCACAACGGUUUCGAGACGGAGAGAGCUUGCAACUUUCCCCUCCCUUUUUUUUUUUUUUGUUGGCGGCAAUGUGUGGCGUCGUUCGUGUGGAAUCGUAACUGUGUUAAGCCUGACGUCUGCGGAUCACCCUCCCCCCCCCACCCCUUCUCCUUGUUUGCCCUGCCAUAUUCAAUUUGAUAUUUGAAGGCCAACCCCUUGUUGCUUUUUGUUGACGAACUUUACAACGCGUUGUGUUUUGGCAGAAGUUUACAAUUAGAGAGCGAUGGCUGUUGCUCCGUUUUCUCGUUUCUGCCCGAGCUAGCAGCGCCAAAAAAAAAAAACAUUUCUAAGCUAGCGUUCACUGUCAAAUUAGGUCACAGGGUGUGUUUUUUCUUUUUUCUGGCUUCGUUUUUUAUAGUUACCCUGUUGUGAUACGCCGGUUGUAUUUAGUAGUUUUGUGUUUAUAUGUUUUUAGAUGUUUAUCGAGGAAAAAAAAAACUUCCUGUUAUAUCUAGUCAGAUGCACUCUGACCUUUCCAUUGUCACCUUGUUGGUGCGGCGAGUUUUUUAUGCUUUCACGUGUGAUCGCUAAUCGUUUGGUAUUUGCUCGGUGUUUCGCGUUUUAAUCUGGAAACGUAGUCCUUGUAACACGUUCUUGGAAUAUGGUGAACAUCUCGUGACAUUGUACGACAAGCAUCGUGCGCCUAACUUUGACGAACCGUGUUUGUCAGGACUAGUUAUGUCGACGGCACAGCCAGCAUGCAAGUACGUUCGUUUUAUUUUACGUUCGUCGUAAGUUAGCACUCUUGUUUCGAUCUUUCAAAAAUUCUCGAUCGGGUCUCUGCAAAAGAAGCGCAAGCCUGACGUAUCUGCUGGCCAGUGAAUGGCUUUGUAUUAAUUUUUACAACCAAUUAAUUUCUUGACAUGCUGAUACAAGGCACAUUAAUAACCUUUUACAAAUGCGUGUUGCGGCUUUGUUAACACGUUAAUGCACAACUCUCCAACCAAUGUGGUCACAUGGGACAGGCUCAUUGGCUUGCCAGCUGCAGGCUAGCCAAGCCAAGCUACAAAACUGAAACGCAAAUCCAGACUUCAGUUAUUUAAAGAAUGAAAUGGGCACUUCAAGUGGCUCCGAGUACUUUGACGUGUUAGCUACUGGAAUACAUACACUGAGGUGCCAGGCAUUGCUUUGCUGUAACUGAACUAGUGCUGGAUCUUGAAUUUCUAGUUUCAUCUUUUUAGAAGUAGAGUGCUUGUUGGCAUCGAGCAUUGCAAGCCAAAUUUUUGUUAAUCGAUCAUUCACUAGAGCUAUGUUUGUUGUUCGGAGUUUUGGCCGCGUGACAAGGUUUGUCAGACUCUGUGCGAUAAAAUGAAAGCUAACAUUCUGUCGCUAAGGUCCUGACAGGAGGCGCCAUCACCUAGGUUCUGAUAUUGGGUGCUAGAACAGCCACUUCAGUGUCCAGAAGUUGCAUUACACACUAUUGCAUAAUGUCGCAUAGCAUUAUUAUUAUUUGUAUCGCUCAUUCUACCUCAUUAAUAUAUUAUCCCUGUUAAUCAUGAUAAACUACUUAGUUGCGGCAUUGCUUAGCUUAUUGCAGCCUUGUUUGAUUUGCUUAGAGCGCUUUAAAGGCCGUACUCGGCGACUUCACGAAUUCUGCGUGCAGGCACGUUAGCUUUAUUUCUCCGAGUUACUCUUUUUUAAGUGUUCUAUCAAAUCAACCUGCGCUUUGCAUAAUUAUACAGUAAAAAAAUUUUGGAGCACACAGGUGUUCUUGCGCUGUUUCAUUAUUAUACAUCUUGAAAAGCUUUCUUAUUUGAAUCAAAUCAUAUGCAGCUCUGGUAUCUAAAAAACUACAGGCAGUGUUUGCAAGUUGUUAGUAUUCAUUUCGAUUUUACACGAUUUGGAAUGGGAGAGAUUUCAUUACCGGUCAUUACAAAGCAUACAGAUUUUGAAGCUAAAGGCCUCAUUGCAAAAUUGCGAGUUCCGUUUAUUGAUUUUGUUUGAUCAGUGACCAUGUGUGUGUUCUUUAUUCCAAUAUCAUUAGCUAAAAUGAGGUGUAGUGCCAACGCAAAAAGAUAGACACAAACGAUUGGCAAUACGAGUAGUGAAUUUCCAAUGUGCGGCACUGUCGUAUUACAGAUGUUUCUGUUGUAAGUUCAAACAUUUUGUAUCUUAUGAAAUGAUAUAUCCUUUCUGUAUGAUCACACUAAGUUGACGUAAAGUCCACUGAUUCUUUAACAAGUACGACAUGGCGGAAAAGUUAUGGUAUUGCUAAACUGUAUGUGGAAGUGCUUCGGGGCACUUGUCGCUCGUUGAAAAUUUGUCGCUUUUGACGCUUCACGUUGAUAAGAAGCAUUCAAAUCUGACUGCACAUUAUGUUAUGCACAGAAUACUUCAAGCAAGGGAGCGUUCAUGGCCGGAUAGGUGAUAUCGUGUUCUUUUUUAAGGCACUUUCUGAUUGUUAGUGUGCAAGUUCGACAGAAUUUCAGUCGAUGAUUGCGUGAGUUGCAGUGUGCAUGCAGAAACGUUUACAUUGUAACGAGGCUGUUAUUAAGAGAUCAAAUACUAAUCUGCAUCACCUUCAUCUCGAGCAAUGUUGAAGAAACAUUACUUUUCUCACAGUUUGACAUAACGAUGGUAACGUGAAGUGAUGUUUAAGGUCACCGGCAUAAUAUGACCGUUUUCAUCGGCAUAAUGAGUCACAGAUGGUUGCUUGAUCUUUAGGCACCAGUAGCAACAAACGUUGGGGCAACGUUUUCCGCUGUCCUUUGUUGUCGCAUAUCGGGGGCGAGCCAUUUUUGCACAUUUGGAAACGCGACCAGUUCACUCAAGUUAUGCGCGUUUUGAAAACUUUUCAGACUUCUUUGCAAGAAAUUGUGCAAACUUUGAAACAAAAUCUUAAUUUUUGAUUGCCUUGAGCAGUAAUACUCAGCUCAUACAAGCUCUCAUCCUGAUAGCUAGUAUCCCUAUCGCUGAUAUUAGCAACGAGUUUAAUGCUUAGCCUAACGAUGAUACGUGAUAUUCGGCAUAAUUUCAGUUUGCGGUGAAUCACUUCACCGUAGCUUAUUCAACCACUGAUUGCAAUUGAUAUAAUUUAUGCUACACGGGAAUGUUUUUGCAACAAACAGCUUUAUGCCAGGCAAGAAGCUUUUUAGUAUUGAAUAUUCGGGACAAGCGUUCUUGUUGGUUUAAACAGCCUAUGAUGUAAUGUUAUAAUUGAUAAUAGAUUUGAUACUCAACACCUACAUGCAUUUCUUCAAGCUCAUAUUUUAGCAGUAGCGGCUAAAAUGGAUUAUGAUUUCCCGAAAAUUGUGUUAACAUUACAUUUGAGUGAUAUGCUUCUCGAGCAAUUAACAAUAUUUUCCGAUUACAUGACAGUGUCCAUGCAAUAUUCAGCCUCAUCAUAACUGUAAUGCAUAAUGGCAUUAAAUCUUGUCGUGUGAUCUCACCUCUAAGAAAGUAACAGUUUCGAGCAGUUCAAGAUAUUAGACAUCGUGUCACAUGGCAGGGAUACAAGCUCGUUUUAACGACAACCAUCAAAAACCAUUCUCUAGAAAUUCAUCAUUUGCUAGUAUGAGAAUGAGAAUCAGUCUGUGAGACUUACGAAUUCUGUCGGUCACCUUUCCUUUAUCUCAGUGUGACUCUGUGCAGAUGACCAUAAUGAGGAAACGAAAAACAUUUUCAAAAUUGAGACUAAUUGUCGGAGAGUACUGAUGACGAGCACAAUGAGUUUGCCAGUGUUCCGGGUCCCACUGACCGUCUUUUAGUUAUCCCAGCGCGACUUCAGGCAGGUUUAAUUGAUACUCAGUGCAGACUUGAUCGUCGGAGUGCGCGCGGCCUUCCGCGAAUGAGGUGUUCAGGACGCCUACAUUUUGCCCCCCAUUUUUUUCCUCUUCCGUUGUGAAGCGAGUGUUUGGCGACAAGACGAGGAAUCUAGCGAAGAAGAAGAAAAAACGUGUAGCCUUUCUUUUUUUUGUCUUUCUCUCUCACUGUGUGUGUUAUGUGAGUGGGGAAUAAGCGUGAGGCUUGUAUAAACGUGUAUACAGUGUAUAUAGCGAUACCAACGUAACUAACCAAAGCAAAAAAAAAAAAAGAAAUCACCACCUCACCCCACCUUCCCAAAACCCUCACUCCUUCCUCCUCGUUCUCUACCAAGGGCACACCAGAGUUGACAACUUGACGACGACGGGCGUGCCAAGCGAAGCAAAACGCGUACACUGUGUCGGCGAGCGUUUUUUUACCUUUCUAUACAAGGGAGCGUGUUGAACUUGUUGUACGGUGCCGGUUAUGACUGACCUGUACCGAUGAAGACUCUGAGUGUAUCUUUUUUCUUGCUUUUUUUGUUUGUUUUAAUCCAUUCCCCUGUUGUACAUGCUGGCUUUUGGCCGGAGGUUACCAAAAAGCAAAAAAUUUGGGCAGUGUGGUUUGAGGUUACAAAAGAGAAAAAAAUGUUACGCGAAAGCUAAUGAGAUACUGGUGAAGAGAUAAAAAAAACUACCCCCUCUCCCACUGGACCGCCUCUCUCUCUCUCUCUCCUGAGAACUGUUUCUCGGUUGUAAUAAAUAUAUUUUAAUAAAUGCACACGAUUGAAAGCAGCACUGGUGA